AUGGCAUCUGUAGAGAAUGAAGCAACUCCAUUAUUACUGAAUAAUCAAAAUACACAGGGACGAAUAAGACUCCAUCUGUUUUUCCACCCAAAGGUUAUAGUAAUUAUUUGUUGUGCUAUUUUUUGUUAUUCUUCCUCCCUCUCUCUCUCUCUCACUCUUGCUCUCUAGACUUUUAUCUUCGAAUCUUUUCCCACCUCUUUUUCCAGUUGCAUGAUAGUGUGUUUAUAGACAAUUAUAGAUGUUUGCAGUGGUUUCUCCUGACAAGUUAGUGUGCAUAGGAGCAUUUAAUAUCCUGAGUGUUUUUGUUCUUUGUUUUUAUUCUUCUGAACAUUUAUUGCCUUGAGUAUUUAGCUUCCUGUGUAAUUAUUGUCCUGAGUAUUUUUUCCUGAGCCUUUAUUGUUCUGUGUAUUUGCUGUCCUGAGUAUUUAUUCUGAGUAUUUUAUGUUCUACAUAUUUAUUUACAUUACAUUUACAGCAUUUAGCAGAUGUUAUUAUUACGAGUAACUUACAGAAGUGCUAUGUAGUCUCUAUCAAAAACACAUCCUCAUGCUAGUUCACUAACUAAAAGCUAAAAUCCUGUUGGAGGAGGUUAAUACAACAUGAAAGAAAACCCACAAGUCAAGGGAUUAAAAUUUUUUUUAUAGCAUUAAGAUUAAAGUCAAACUAAGAUGUCUGUAUUUGAUAACAUGUAUAUCAAGUGGAACAGAAGCGAGAGGAAUUGAGGAAGCAAUGGGCCAAAAAUACAGAUCAAGUUGAACUGGUCUUGGUUUUUUACGUUAAGCAUCUUUAUCUGUGUGUGAAGACACAAUUAUUUAUUCUUUAAAAGUUUACACAUUCAUAAUCAAUCAGCACCUCUUCAAGCUAAAACCCUGGUUCUAUUAAAAAAUGAUCUAUUAAAAACAGAAAUGUUAAUUCAAGUGCUUGGUGAAGAGGUAUGUCUUUAGAUUUCGUUUGAAGACCUCCAGUGACUGUUCCCUGGACAGCCAUGGGAAGGCCAUUUCACUACCUGGAUGCCAAGACAGAGAAGAGUUUUGAUGCGUGUUCUUCUUGUAUUUUGAGAGAUAGUGGGUACAGUUGAGCUGUGCUAGAGGCUCAAAAGGAGCAUGGUGCAGAGCCGGUAUGAUCAGAGCAUUAAGGUAUGUGGGUGCUGGUCUGUUUUUGGCUUUGGUGGCAAGUAUCAGUGUUUUAAAUGUUUAAGUAUGUGAGCAUGUUUACUGUCUUGUGUAUUAAUUGUCCUAAGAAUUUAUUCUCCUGAGCAUUAAUGGUCCUGUAUAUGUUUAGUCAUGAACAUUUAUUGUCCUGAGUAUUUACUGUCCUGUGUGUAUUAUCAUGUGCAUUUUUUUGUCUUGAAUAUUUAUUGUUCUGUUUAUAUUUUGUCCUCGGUGACUUUUCACAUUGUCUGAUUCACUGAAUACCUCUCAAUUUUAUAGCUGGGAUAUGCUAUUGAAUAUUUUAAUUCGUAUUGUAAAUUGUUUUUCCAAUAGAAAUGGCUGGCUCUUUGUCGUGGCCUUUUCGGCUGUUUUGGGCAGUUUUAUUUUUGGAUACGCCAUGGUAUUUCCCUCUGCGGUGAUUCCACAGCUUCAGGAGGAUGACGAUCCACGUCUGCUCAUGGACAUUGAUCAGAUUUCCUGGUUUGGAUCUAUUUUUGCGAUUGGAGUUAUAGCCGGAGGGUUGAGUGCCAUGCUGAUGAAUGACAAAUUGGGAAGGAAACACAGCAUCAUGAUCUCUGUAAUUCCCUUCACGGUGGGGUUUCUCAUGAUGGCUGCAGCGAGGGAAUGGUUAAUGCUUCUCCUGGGCAGAUUGCUCACAGGCAUUGCUUCUGGGAUUACAGCCAGCUCCAUUCCUGUCUAUGUGUCAGAGAUUUCACAUCCAGGUGUCAGAGGAGCCCUGGGAGCCAGUCCUCAAAUCAUGAUGGUCAUUGGAGGUCUGGCACUCUACGCUCUUGGUUUGGUUCUGCCGUGGCGGUGGCUGGCUAUAGCUGGCGAAGUUCCAGGUCUGAUUAUGCUAAUCCUUCUGUGCUUCAUGCCGAACUCUCCACGUUACCUCAUCACCAAAGGCAAAUGGGACGAGGCUGCCAGAGCCCUCCAAUGGCUCAGGGGCCCUGAUUCAAACUAUAUCACUGAACUCAAUCAAAUUCAACAGAGUGUCAAUUCCCAGGACAGAAUGACGUGUUCAGAUCUUAGAAGUCCAUUCUACUACAAGCCAAUCUUGAUCUCUGUGUUUAUGAGACUCCUGCAGCAGAUGACAGGUAUUACACCCAUCUUGAUUUAUUUGGAGCCAAUCUUUGAGAAAACAGCUGUUUCACUGGAACCUAAGUACGAUGCAGCCAUAGUGGGACUUGUUAGACUGGUUACUAUUAUAAUUGCAGCCUGUUUAAUGGACAAAGCUGGCAGGAAAUCUUUUCUCUACGCAUCAGCAUUUAUAAUGUUUCUGGCCAUGCUGACAAUGACCGUGUACACCCACAAAACAUCAUGUGAUUCUGGGAACAUAACUGUUGCGUUGCAGUGUGCAACAGAGUCAUUUGGAGUCAUGACUGGUUUUGAUUUCAAAUCCGGCACAGUUAUCCCCCUCAUCAGCAUCAUCUUUAUUGCACUUGGUUAUGUAAUAGGCUGGGGUCCGAUCACAUGGCUGCUGAUGUCAGAGCUCCUGCCGAUGAAAGUGCGCGGCUUUGUUUCAGGCGUGUGUGUGGUGGUCAGCUAUAUCACUACUUUUUUGCUGACACAGUUCUUCAUGCAGGCAGUGGAGGCAUUUGGACUCUUUGCACUGUUUCUGUUCUUCUGUGUAAUCUGUGUGGUGAACAUCAUAUUCACAGCCAAGUGUGUCCCUGAAACAAAAGGGCGAACACUGGAGGAAAUUGAGAACUAUUUCAGAACUGGACGCACCUUCACCAUUGUUGAGAGUUAAUACUGCAAUCAGGGAAACUCUGAAAUGACUACAUAACUACAUUACUCUUUUCAACCUGUCUUAGUAUAUUUUGGUGAUUCCAUUUGUAAAGCUAUUUUUUGCUGUUAAUAUUAUAUGUAACUAACUAAGUACUGUAAGGUGAUGACAUAAAGUACUGUAGAAAUACACUAUACUCUACGAAUACACUGUAAAAAAUACAAUAUGUUUGUGCCAAAUUUUGCUCUGACAUUUUUUACUUUAAUGGGUGAAACUGGUGCCAGUCUAGUGACUUUGUGACAUCUGAACAAAGAUUAGUCUGUUGUGAGCAUAGAGCAUUGUGAGCACUUGCGGUUCGCAUGAGAGGAAA